UCAACAAGUCAGAGAUCAUUUAUCUUGGAGAAUAAGCCAGAAUCAGCCUCAGCAGAGACAAGAAAAAUGGGAGAAUUAGUGCCAAUGAUGAUAUCCAAAGAGUAUGGAUAUGUAGCUUUAGUUAUCGCAGCAUACUGCAUCCUUAAUUUCUGGAUGUCAUUUCAAGUGGGUAAGGCUAGGAAGAAGUACAAAGUUUUCUAUCCAACUCUCUAUGCUUCAGAAUCUGAAAAUAAAGAUGCCAAGCUCUUCAAUUGUGUUCAGAGAGGACACCAGAAUUCACUGGAGAUGAUGCCGAUGUUCUUUGUGCUGAUGAUAUUAGGAGGGUUUAAGCAUCCUUGUGUUGCUGCUUCUCUUGGAUGUAUUUAUAUUGUUUCUCGUUAUUUCUACUUCACUGGCUAUUCUACUGGCGAUCCCCAGAAACGUCUCAGUAUUGGGAAAUAUGGGUUCUUGGCUCUAUUCGCUCUUAAGGCGUGCACUAUUUCAUUUGGCAUCAGUCUUCUUCGAGGAUAACUUGUGUAUCCAACUUAGGUGCUCGCCCAAAAUAUCUCAUAACCGGCGACUGGUUUGUCUUUUCUUGUAGUGGCUUUUAUAGUGUUCUAAACUAGUGCUAAGAGGUUUACAAUAACGAUUAUAAACGAUGUAGAAUGUUUUCGUCUUUUUGUUCAGAUGCUUGUGUGUUUCUUUGAUGUAUUUGCGUUAAAAUUAUGGAACUUUGAUGGUUUGUCAA